AGACAGGAGUGCAGCAUGUUGCGUCUGGUCUAUACAGAGGUAAUGAAGUGAAUUGCGUCAGUGGCGCAUGCAGGGCAGGCUUGAAAUGCGCCUGAUCUGUCCAGGCGGAUGAAAGUAGAGGCGCACUGCGGGGAGAGAGGAAAAAGUUCUCAACAAGGAGAGGCAGGACUACUCUUACGGAGCCCCUGCAGUCUCACUUUUAUGCCUCUAAAAGACUUUCCCUGCUAUCCUUUUGCAUUUUUGCUCUGUAACACCGCUUUUACGUUUCCGAGAGAGAAAUCCUACUUUUUUACUUAAGUGAAAGCAGCAGCACCAUGGAGCUGCUCUGCCUCGAAAUGGACACCAUCAUACGAGCUCGUCCCGAUCCGAACCUCCUGUGCGAUGACAGAGUCCUGCAGAGCUUGUUGACCAUAGAGGAGAGGUUUCUACCCCAAUAUUCCUAUUUCAAAGGCGUCCAGAAAGAUAUUCAGCCGUUUAUGCGGAGGAUGGUCGCUACUUGGAUGUUGGAGGUUUGUGAGGAGCAGAAGUGCGAGGAAGAAGUUUUUCCCUUGGCCAUGAACUACUUAGACAGAUUUUUAGCCGUGGUACCCACCAAAAAGUGUAACCUGCAGCUGCUGGGAGCAGUGUGCAUGUUUCUUGCAUCCAAAUUGAAAGAGACUCGUCCAUUAACUGCAGAGAAGCUUUGCAUCUACACAGAUAACUCCAUCAGACCACAAGAGCUGCUGGAGUGGGAACUGGUGGUGUUGGGGAAGUUGAAGUGGAACUUGGCAGCAGUAACGCCGAACGAUUUCAUCGAGCACAUUGUGAGGAGGCUGCCGCUGCCCGAGGAUAAGCUGGCACUUAUACGCAAACAUGUCCAGACCUUCAUCGCUCUCUGUGCCACAGAUUUCAGAUUCGCCAUGUACCCUCCCUCCAUGAUUGCCACAGGAAGUGUGGGGGCAGCGAUCUGCGGCCUACAGCUGGAUUCAGCUGACCAGUCACAGUGGGGCGACAGCCUGACAGACCUGCUGGCCAAAAUCACAAACACAGAAGUGGAUGUUCUCAAAGAGUGCCAGGAGCAGAUUGAGCGUGUGCUGGUGAGCAGCCUGCGCGAGGGGCGGCAGCAGCAACAGCAGCAGCAGCAGACGCAGAGAGGCCCCAGCGGGAAAGGCCUGGACGAGCUGGAUCAAUCCUCCACCCCGACAGACGUCCGCGAUGUCAACUUGUGAACCACCAGAGGGCGUCAUUGCACGGAAUUUACAAAAAAAAAAGCUUCAUGCAAAAAAACCUCAAUUUUCUUAAAAGCAGAAAAAAAGAACAAAAGAACAAAAAAUUUUAAAAACACAAGCCCUUUAAAAGAAAAAGAACAAUGCUUGCUAGUUUUUUUGUAGAUUUUCUGUUCUUCAAGUCAAAAACACCUGCCCACAAAAUAGAUUUUCUAUGAUGUUCUAGUCUAAAAGCAACAAAUUUGAUACAAGAUGAAGCUCUGUGGUGCCUUGGAUAUACAGAAGGGAAGCCAAUCAUAUUUGCAUUCUGCCUUUGAUUGUAUAGUAUGAUCUUUAAGUUAUAUUUUAACCAUAGCUUGAUAAUGAGGCUGUGAUGGUAGAAGUUAUGGAAACCAUUCAGAAAUUGCAUACAUGGGAUCACAGUGGGUUUUUUUCUCUCUGUUUUGUUUUAUGUGAGUAUUAUCACUAUUACAUAUGUGGCUGGUGUAAGAGAGGACGCGUGUUCAAGCUCCUCAACCAUCAGAAGGUCCACAUGUGUGUUGAGGAUGAGACAGACAGAGGAAAGCCGUCAGAACAUUAUGCUAAAAGUUGGUGGGUCCCAAUUCCAGGGAGGAGACGGGAUGAUAAUAAUUAUUAGUAGUAUUAGUAAUUAUUAUUAUUAUUAAUAUUAUUAUUGGACAUAUUUUGGAACCGAGUAGUAGAGAUCAAUAAGCUCCUUUUUGUCAGGCUGCUUGUGUGUGUCAGUUUGUGUGUGCAGUGUGUAAGCGCGCGUCUGUGUGUGUGUGUGUGUGUGGUGUGAAUGCUGCAUGUGAUCCUGUAUCUAUAUUAGCAGUGUGCAUUCUCUGGCAUGAGGCACUUGAGUCAGUCGUAGACUUACGGUUCUAUGUUAAAAGACUAUGGAGCAAGCUGAGGCUACACAUACUUUGUCCAUCAGUAUAACAGGGCAUCUAUGCUAUAUCACUGCCUUCAUGCAUUAACAAUGUAUCAUGGUUCAUUGUUGGCCAACGAUUAACUCAUGUGCAUGGACUAUGAGUGAGACAGAAAAAGAUUUAGUGAAGGAGGAUAUGGGCAAAGGGACUUUCACUUAGAGCCCCUUAUCUUUAUAAGAGCAUUUUUCCUGAGGUGUUACACCUCGGACUCAGAGGUCAUGUGAGGUCUUUGUUUAUUACUGCCAUUCUGUUAAUGAAAUAUUACAGAUACUUCAUUCUUUUUCAUGUUGUUACAAUAAUGUUUCCUUAGUUGUGAAAGGCUGCUUUGAGUCUGGACAGAGUAGUAAUGACCUCUCACGUGUGGGAGAGGACAAUAUCUUGAAGAAGGUGAGGCUGUGCUUUUUAAAGUCUGGAGGACGCUAGCCUCUUCUGUAUUAAUUAGCAAUUAAUUAGGGAGGGAACAGGGUGUGGCGUGGAAAGAAUUAGAAAGAGAGGGACAGUUUGCAACUAAGAAGCCACAUGUGGAGGGCACAUGAGUGCACAGCACAGAAUGGUAGGGCAGAGAGGACUUUAGUGGUGCAGGAGCAUGCUGCUGUGUAGGAGACGGGGAGGAUUUACAGCCAGUGGCUGGAAGAUGAUAACAAACAAAAGAUGCCCAAAGGCCUCACGAUUAAACUUUGAUAUCUGCAUAUUUGGAUGGAAUCAACAUUAAUUUUGCAUAAUGGAUGUCUACAAUGACACAGCUAAGUGAACAAAAACGUUCUGGGUUUCCAUUUAGAUGAAAAUUAAAUGAGGAACUAAGACUGUACGCUGCCAGAUCAUGUGAGGAUGAACUUUCUUGGGGUUGUAGUUAGAGGAGUACAGGAUGAUAAUAUACUGUCAAUGCAUCUGGAGUCCCACAUAGGGUUGUUUUCAGCUCCCCUAUAUGAUUUCAAUGGCAAAGCACUUUGAAAACAUGCUCCCCAGGAGAUAAGUAAAAUGAAAUGCGUUGGGUGGUGAUUGGAGGUGAAUGGAUGUUUUCUUUUUUAGCCUUUUCUUUGGUUUACUUUGUAGGGCUGGUUUCCCAAUCAUCAGACAUACCCUUGUCAAGCAAGAGUCAAAUUAAAAAGGCUUUCGACAACUUACAACGAGAGGACAUUCCGAUCAAAAAAAAAAAACAUUCCUAUUCAAGCAAAGUGCAACUUGACGGGGAGUCUGACCAUUUCAGAGAAUUUGAACAAAUCGAAAACGCCAAUAUGAAUUGGAAAAUGCCUACACACAGAGUUCACUGAUCCAUGGGUUCUGUUUUGAUUUUCUUUUACAUUGUCAAGAAAUGAAAUAUUUGUUUUUACUUGAAUUUUUCUUCAUAUUUAUCUGCAUCACAGCCACAGAUAGUCACACAGGGCAGCGAUGAGCUACAAGAAAGGGUGGUCGUAACAUCCAGUAUUUGCACAUGUUCCUCAGAGGGCAAUGAGGUUUGCAUUUUUAAGACAGAGCAGAGCCUUUGUUCGAAACCACCUUAACUGAUGUGUGUUGCAGUGGUUGGUCAGUUUUCUAUGGUGCUGGCUUGUGUAGUUCAGGCCGAUUGUCUGUCAGUGAACACAUCUGUCCCCUGUGAGCUUUGCUGCUUCAAAUCAUUGGCAAGGGGGUUCAUCAGCCAGACAGACAUCAGCACAAAACAAGAGACAGAUGAUUUUUUUUGUUUUGUUUUGUUUUAAUGGGACACAUGGCUUUGCCACAGCAAGGUGUCUUUGACUUAAUGCUUGAGUUUGUUCGUGACGGUAUGUGACUUUGCUGAGUGUAUGUUUGUCAGACUGAAGAAAAAUGUGGGGAUCUAAUGUUUUAAUGAUGUUUUUAGUAAAAAUGGGCAAUUUAAUGACACAUUUGCCAAAACAUCCCCGUUUGAAUAUUUGAUAUGACCCCUUCAUUUUGCCUCUGUUUGCCUGAUGUAAGCUCUCUCCCAAACUUAACGGUUGUGAUUUUCUUUCCUGCAAUUUAUUGUUGCAUGUGUUAUAUAUUGAGACGACCUUUUCAAUUUGUGUUUAUUUUAUGGGGUGACCAGACCCACAAAAGGGUUUUUCUAAGAUUUAGAGAUACUGUAUUCCAAAGUGAAGAGAGGACAGAGGAGGAGGUGUGAAGACAUCAAGAAAAAAGUGUCAAUAUUUUUAUUGAGUUAUUGUUGUCUUUUUGCGCUGCUAAAAGCUAUGAAUUUGUUUCAUUUAUACAAAAAAAUAACAUUACCUAGUUGUGAUGUGUCACUUGAGUGUGCUGCUAUUUUAUAAACAUUUGUAUUAUAAUAUAAUUAUUUUACUGCUUAAGAGAUACAUUCAGAAAAACGAAGUAGAUGGUGAUAGAAGAACAUGAAAUGAAUAUUCGACUGGAAAUGUUCUUUGUACAGUUUGACAGUUUGCUUAGGUAGCAUGUCUCCUUUCCCCCUUUUUUUAAUCUAUUUUGCUCUCCUUCUUCAGUCACAUUCUGCGUCAGUGGUAUUUCCUAUACCUCAGGAUUACUGGACAAAAUAAAACAGAAACAAAUCCAUCACCUAUACCUCUGCGGUUAGGGAGCCUGGAACGGAGGAGAAAGAAUACGGUGGGGGGGAAAGCAACAACAAAUUUGCAUUUUUGUGGAUGAUUCGCACUGUUUUAGUGGAGAAACAUCUUGCUCAGUGAGAUGUGAAACAAGAAAUAUGCAAGGCUUCCACUUGGACUUAACCUGUAUUUGGGGGGGGACGACAACAACAUUGCAACAUUUUUUGGGAGUGUUUAUUCCGUAGAUAGUUCAAGCAUGUUCAUUUCUGUUCAUGUUGGUGCUACAUCUGACUUGUGUGCAAGAGAGGGAAAAACAGCAUUUCUAUGAUGGCCAAAGUACAGUUCUUGCUUUAUACAACAACAAUCACUCUGAAUGUCAGUAAAUACGGAUUCUGUAUGUGAGAAAGAUACGUUUUGGUCUGAAAUAUUAUGUCUGCACACCAUUGUAACUGCCACAUAAUAAUGGGUUGAGCUACACCUGUCAUGUCCAACCAUAAAUAUUCUGAUAUCUGGAAGUUUCAAUGGUGCAGAUUUCCCUUUGAGUUGCCCCCCUCCACUAUAACUCAUAUCAUGUACCUCAAAUGUCUGUUGCACAACCUCUGUUCAAUAAACUUCUGCUUUAAAGGGUGUGACACCACAUCAGCUCACUA